AUGGCUUCGUGCUCGGGCGUGGAAUUUUGGUUCGUAACAGCAGAACUGACAGGAGCAGAACUGACAGGAACAGAACUGACAGGAGCAGAACUGACAGAAGCAAAUCUGACAGAAGGAAAACUGACAGGAGCAGAACUGACAGAAGCACAACUGACAGGAGCAGAACUGACAGAAGCAGAACUGACAGAAGCAAAACUGACAGAAGCAGUGACAGAAACAGAACUGACAGAAGCAGAACUGACAGAAACAGAACUGACAGGAGCAGAAGUGACAGGAGCACAACUGACAGAUGCAGAACUGACUGAAGCAGAACUGACAGAAGCAGAACUGGCAGGAGCAGAACUGACAGGAGCAGAACUGACGGGAGCAGAACUGACGGGAGCAGAACUGACAGGAGCAGAACUGACAGGAGCAGAACUGACGGGAGCAGAACUGACGGGAGCAGAACUGACAGGAGCAGAACUGACAGGAGCAGAACUGACGGGAGCAGAACUGACAGGAGCAGAACUGACAGGAGCAGAACUGACGGGAGCAGAACUGACAGGAGCAGAACUGACAGGAGCAGAACUGACUGAAGCAGAACUAACAGGAGCAGAACUGAGAGGAGCAGACAGAAGCAGCUCCCACAUGUUCCCUCGUGUCCGUAUAAAAUAA